AUGACGGUUCGAACAGCAACCCAGGCCGACCUUGCGACAAUUCAAGGCAUCAUAACAAAGGCCUUGCCGGCAGAUUAUCAAUGGAAGUACUGCUUCCCCUCCCGCUCCUCAGUCAAGCACGACUCUGGCAUGUACGUCCAGCGCGCCCUGGAGCAGACUCUGGCGUCUGGUAACACCGGCUGGCUCGUCUGUGUGGCGAAAGACCCCAGCAAUCGCAAGCCCGUGGGCGUUGUCGUCUGGAGCUGGACGGAUGCCAGAAUACAAGAACACGUUGAUGAUAAUGCUGCGUCCCAAGGAUUGACUGGUAGGCGCGUCCAUAACGUCCUAAGUCAUCGCCCGGUUGAAGGCCUUCACUUCCUGAGCCAUUCCGGGAAGUGUUGCCGUCGUGGACAGAGACUUGGUCUGAGAAAAAAGCUGCGCUCAUUGAUUUGUCUGCACCUCCAUGUCGUUGCUAUUCACCCGGAGUACCAGCGUCUGGGCUAUGCGAAGCUUCUCUGCCAGCAUGGAAUGCACUUGGCCAAGGAAAAGGGAUUGGCUGUAUCGGCGGUCACGAGUUCAUGGGGCUAUAUUUUCUUCUCUGGUCUGGGCUUUGCCGACUGUGAUCACGUCGUUGUGCAUGUUCCCGGCGAGCAGGACGAGAUUGGGCUCAAGGCUAUGGUUCUUGCUGCGCCGCAGCAGGAGAAGAGAAGGGGAUCUUUUCUUGAUAUGUUGGGGUUCGGUGAACGGAGGCGUUCGAGUGACGUUAGGACAUCAAAGUCCUAA